AUGUCUUCACUAUCAGGCUACCUUCCUUGUCCCCUAAGGUUAUGCCAGCGAUUUAAAGCAACUCCUUACAACGGCAGAGCUUCCGGGAGAGAUUUCACCAAGAAGAUGGCGAUAGAGCUUGCCAGCGAGGCUGCAGCACCAACAGCACUUCAAUUAGCAGCUCGGCAUGGAAAUCAUGAAGAAGCCAAGCUGCUCUUGCAGGCGGGAGCAGACCCAAACUUCGCACCAAAGGGUACAGAUACCUCGUUGACCUAUGCAAUUGAGUCUAAUGAUGCGGAAACGGUCAAAUUACUGCUCGAAUAUGGGGCGAAUGUCCACCAAAAGCCUACACGACAUGGAAAUGCAUUAAUAGCGUCCAUUAAAAGGGGGAACGAGGCAAUGUUUGACCUAUUCUUCGAAGAGCUCGACGUCAACUCAACUGAUAAUGUGGGAGCUCCAGCUCUUUACUUCGCUGCUGCUGGUGGACAUGAAGGCAUGGUAAAUAAAUUGAUAGGUCAUGGGGCAAACGUCCUCGCCUACCAAAACACUAUCUUUUCUCCCAUUAUGGGGGCAGGUUUAGGUGGUAAUAGCAAUAUUGUGAAGACUCUAUUCCGAAAUGGCGUCCAUAGCGACCAUGCAGCCCUAUAUGCAGCAUCAUCCACAGGGGAAGAUGAGCUAGUGAGGCGAUUGCUACUUGACGGAGCGGACGUCGGGCACUGUGUUUUACCAUUUCACCGCGACCUACCAAUCCAUGCUGCUAUGGCCCGAGGCCAUGAAUCAACGGUUAGAAUAUUGCUAGAGGCCGGAGCGAAUUGCUCUAGCCGGCAUUUUCCUAAUGCUUUUAUCGAAACGGCAUCUCGAAGGCAUUUCAAGGUCGCUGAGUUGGUUCUAAACUCAAAUAACACUGGACCUAUUCGCUUAGACCUAGCAAAAAAGUCAGUUCCCGGUAGUGGUGACCGUAUCCCAAUUGCUUUACUCCUUAUCACUGUUAAAAUCGGCGCGAAAUUGGGUAACAUCCAUACCGCGUGGGAAUUCGUCAAACCAUAUGGUCAGGAUGUUGUGGAGUUUAUGGAAUAUCUACUUACUCGGGACAGCGUCUUGAGAAUACCUAUCAACUCUCCGAAACCCGUCUUUAGAGCAGCUAUUGAAUCCCAUAACCAUGCACUACUCGCUUUUCCGUUGGACAGUUAUGGGGCAAAUAUAUCCUCAGAUUAUCCCAACUUGAUAGAGCUGGCAGUCAUUAACGACAGUGUACCAAUACUGGAGUUAUUGUUACAGAGAAGUAUGGAAGAGAAGAAAGCGAAAUCACUUCGGUGGCAGACGUGCCUUGAUCAAGCGCUCCAGGCAGCACUCAAGCGGCAUAGGUGCCCCAUGGUGGAAACGUUAGCACGUUAUGGUGCUUUUGGUAGAUAA